AUGGGGUCAGUGUUGACUGUUGCUUGUGAACAGACUGAAGUGCUGCUUUUUGACCCAAUAUCUUCAAAGCACAUCAAAACUCUCUCUGAAGCUCAUGAAGACUGUGUAAAUAAUAUCAGGUUUCUAGAUAAUCGGCUGUUUGCAACUUGCUCUGAUGACACUACAAUAGCACUUUGGGAUCUGAGAAAGCUGAACACAAAAGUGUGCACUCUACAUGGUCACACCAGCUGGGUUAAGAACAUCGAGUAUGAUACCAACACAAGGUUACUAGUAACGUCGGGGUUCGAUGGAAAUGUGAUCAUCUGGGACACGAACAGGUGCACAGAGGAUGGUUGUCCCCACAAGAAGUUCUUUCACACCCGUUUUCUUAUGCGAAUGAGGCUGACCCCAGACUGUUCCAAAAUGUUGAUCUCAACCUCCUCUGGAUAUCUUCUGAUUUUGCAUGACCUUGACCUGAACAAAUCUUUAGAGGUUGGCAGCUACCCAAUUUUAAGAGCUAGGAGGACUGCAUCAAGUUCAGACAUCACCUCAUCAGGCUCCUCUGGUCCUCGAGCUGUUGGUUCCCCAUGUCACCAGAGUGAGUCAGGUCCACUCUCUGAGAAGCACAUGUCACGGUCCUCCCAGCGAGAAGGUGGAUCUCCGAGAAAUAGUUUGGAGGUCUUAACACCAGAGGUUCCUGGAGAAAGAGACCGAGGCAACUGCAUCACUUCACUACAGCUGCAUCCCAAAGGGUGGGCAACGCUUUUGCGCUGCUCAAGUAACACGGACGACCAGGAGUGGACUUGUGUCUAUGAAUUCCAGGAAGGAGCCCCCGUGCGCCCCAUCUCCCCUCGCUGUUCCCUGCGAUUGACUCAUUGCAUUGAAGAGGCCAACGUGGGCCGGGGCUACAUCAAGGAGCUGUGCUUCAGCCCCGACGGCCGUAUGAUUUCAUCCCCCCACGGCUUCGGGAUCCGCCUGCUGGGCUUUGAUGCACACUGCAGCGAACUUGUCGACUGUUUGCCCAAAGAAGCCGGUCCCCUGAAGGAAAUCCGUUCCCUCUACUCUCACAACGACGUGGUCCUGACCACCAAGUUUUCCCCAACGCACUGUCAGAUCGCCUCGGGGUGCCUUAGCGGACGCGUGUCUCUCUAUCAGCCAAAGUUCUAG